AUGGAAUCUUCCAAAACUGUCGAGGGUGCUGAUGUUGUUAUUCCGUUGGCAUCGGUUCAACAAGUCAAUGAUAGGUAUGCUAACACUUUGUACGGAUAUUUUCUUGGUAAACGUUUGGCUUUUCCGGUGGUCGAUUAUUUUGCUAAAAACAACUGGGUUAAAUAUGGUUUGUCACGGCUAAUGAUGAAUGCAAACGGGUUCUUUUUCUUUAAGUUUAGUACUAAGGAAGGGAUGAACCGAAUGUUAGAGGAUGGGCCUUGGCUGAUCAGAAACGUUCCGAUAAUCUUGAGUGAAUGGUCGCCUACUUUAAAGAUGGAAAAAGAGGAUAUUAAGGCUGUUCCGGUUUGGGUCAAGAUGCAUGAUGUGCUGUUAGCGGCUUUUACCGAGGAUGGUCUUAGCUUGGUUGCUUCUAAAAUUGGAAAUCCUAAGAUGUUGGAUUCGUAUACUGCCACGAUGUGUGCUGAGUCUUGGGGAAGAAGCAGUUAUGCUAGAGCACUUAUUGAGGUUGAGGCAGAGGCUGAGUUAAAGAAGAGUAUUACUGUUGCAAUUCCAUCCUUGGAUGGUAAUGGUUAUUCAAAGGUAGAGAUCAAAAUUGAGUAUGAUUGGGAGCCUCUUAGAUGCUCCUCUUGCUGUGUGUUUGGUCAUGAUGAUUGCUCAUGCCCAAAGAACCCUCAGGUUACUUCAAGUGGGGAUUCUGGAAAGAAUAAUGAUGAUUUUCAGGAUGUGGGUACUAAGAAAAAGAAAGUUAAUAAUCAAGGUAUCCCUAUGAAAAAUCAGAAGCCGAAGGUAGUGUAUAGACCUGUUGUCAAGCCUAAACCAAAAUCGACCUUGAGGAGUCCGGUGAAUAACCAGGUUUCAACAUCAAACCCGUUUGACAUCCUUAAGGACGAUGAUGGUAAUCAGGGAGGUAAUACUGUGGGUCGUGCGGAGAAGAAAGUUGCGCAGACUACUAGUGACAAGCAGGAUUCGGAUGAGGAGGAGGUCGCCGAAGUCUAUAAUGAAACUAGUGAAUUUAUGACCUCGGGUUUACAUCCAUCAUCUUCGAGAGCAAAGGCUAGCACCUCUUCCACAAAAUUUUCCAAUGGAUAG